AAGUUUUGAUAUCGAAGGUAAAUCAUGGCUGGAAGCGAUAGCUGGUUGCUGAAUAGAAGGCUCACGGAUAAAUUUGGUGAUUUAGUCAACAGAGAAGAAAAAAGUGAUAUAAAGUUUGCCUUCCCUGGGAGUUCAAAGGUGAUAUAUGGCCACAAACUGAUUCUCUCAGUUGGAAGCCCUGUAUUUGAUGCCAUGUUCUAUGGGCCUGUUAAAGAAACCACAGACACUAUCAACAUACCUGAUAUCAUUCCUGAGGCAUUUUUGGAAUUAGUCAGAUUCAUAUACAGUGAGAGGGUCCAGCUAACAAUAGAUAAUGUAGUAGAAGUGAAAUAUGCUGCUAAGAAAUACCUCGUUCCCCAACUUGAACACCCCUGUGAUGUCUAUAUGAAGGAAUGCCUCAAAGUGGACACUGUAUGCAGCCUUAUGAACCUGUGUUAUAGCUUUAGAUACGACGAGAGCGUUAAUCAAUGUCUCGAGUUCAUCUCUGCUAACACAACUGCCGUUCUCCGUCAAGAUAAUUUUAAAUCGCUUCAUUAUGAGCUUCUCAAGGCAGUAUUGGAGUUAGAUCCAGUUACGUAUACAACUGAACUUGAGAUGUUUGAAGCAGCAAUUCAGUGGGCGGAGUGUAAAUGCUUAGAAGAAGAGCUGGAGCCGUCCCCGGAAAAUAUACGUACUACUCUAGGAGAUGCCAUUUAUUUGAUACACUAUGGGGCAUUAACGAUGGAAGAAUAUGCCUCCUUUGUUUCACCAACCAGGAUCAUACCUCCCGAACUCUCAAUUGAAAUCUUCGAAAUUUUGGGCACCAAACAACAGUCGCUGAAACAAGGCAUGAUAUUUCAUUUCCCAGAGUCCGUACUGAAAGCAAGAGGUAAAGCUGGACCUGUAAAGAAACGAUUUAAGUCAACACGUGCUAUUUCCCAGAGGGAAGUUGAAAUGAAAUGUCAAGAAGUAUCUGAAUGAGUUGAUUGAAUUAUCAAUGAAAUGUAGUGGGUUAAAAGUGUUAUAAUUGAGCAAAAUGAGUUGUUUGCAGAUUUAUACAAAGGCAAAGGUGAUAGCUUGUAAGUUGUUCUCAUACAAGAUAUUAAUACAUUAUGAU